UAACUAAUAAAUAAAUGCAAAGAAAGAAAGAGAGACAAAUCGUACAUCCUCCUCCACCCGUCUCUCUCUCUCGUCGGACUUUUGGGAGUGUGGUCUCUCUCUCUUUGUUCUGAUCUCCGUCUAAUCGGAGAUUUUAUUGAUUCCGUCAGAUUUUGAGGUGCGAUAUUUUCGAUCUUCUAGCAUCUGUUCCCUCCACAUCAUCAGAUUCGGAGUCAAAGCCACUGUUCUUCAUCUUAUCGGUCGUUUAAUCAUCUAGGGAUCAAAUUUUCACGCUGUUGUUAUAAUUCUAUUUAGAAAAUGACAUGGGAAGAAAUUUUGAAGGUAAUUUUCCCUUUGCUGGAAGGUGUGGACCUUGCUUCCUGCAUGGCAGUGUGCAAGCAGUGGAGAGACAUCGCUCAAGAUGAUUACUUCUGGAAAUGCUUGUGUGCCAAGAAGUGGCCUUCAACUUGCAAAACAUCCCAUCCUCCAACCGAUACCUACUAUAAACUAUAUAGAAACUUUUAUAAACGCCCCAAUAAUCGACGGCUUCUUCCCCCUCGACUUUCCUUUGAUGAUUUAGAGUUUUUUAUCGACAUUUGGAGUGAAGACAGAUUAAUCUUCUCAGAAGUUGUUUCAGGUGGAAUUUUCCAAAAUGGUAUGAAGAACCCACCACCUAGUACUGGUAACCUGCUUAGUUAUCACCUCGAAGUCCCUGAGUUCAAGAUGACACUCACUGUUGAGCCAAGGUUCUCAAUUCCAAUAUCCAACACCGUAAGCGCAUCCGUGCUUGUGGGACGCAAGGAUUCCAACAAAGUUGCAAGGAUAGUGAAUAAGUCAGUAUUCGAUUAUAUUGAUCGAACUUCGUACAGGGCAUUGGCUUUUGACUAUCUCGAUUUUUCACCUUUCCACCCAUUUGUCUCCGGAAUCCGAGCAUGGAUCUCAUUGCUUUUCAUGGACGAUGGGGAUGAUGGUGCAAUUGAUGUUUUUGGAAUAGUAAUGGAUUUCUGUGAUGCAGCAAACACAAAGGAUGAGGUACUAUGGCUUCUGGACCUCCUUGAUUGGAAAUGAAGGAGUUGCCAACGGCAACUUUAAUUUCCGUUAAACUCAUCCUUACUUGUACAUAAUUUUCCAUUCCAUUUCAUUUCAUCAUUAAUAAAUAUGAACGAAGUUCCUUAUAGAAGAAAAUUCUAUUUGUUAAUCCGUUGAAAGGAAACUUUGCUCUGCCACCUUUAAUUAAAACAUUAUCUUUCUUUUUUUCUGUACCUUAUUUCAUUUCUUUCAUUUGAAGUUGUUCAUCCUAUGAGUUCACUGAA